AUGGAAAAUCCCCAAGAAGAACACUGGGUUGCAGUUAAGCGUAUCUUUCGCUACCUACAAGGCACCAAGACGCAUGGAAUUUGCUACAAGCCAAGUGCAAGGAUCGACUUCCGUGGAUAUUCGGAUGCGGAUUGGGCUGGUGAUCUUACCGACCGCAAGUCAACAUCGGGGUACACGUUCAUGCUACUCGGUGCGCCAGUCAGUUGGGGCAGCAAGAAGCAGCCAAGUGUUUCGUUGUCCACGAGUGAAGCCGAAUACAUCGCACUCAGCUUGGCAAUUCAAGAGGGCAAGUGGAUUCAUCGUCUGCUUUGUGAGAUCGUGAUGGCUGCCAAUGAAGAAGGACCGGAACUCAUGAUCCAUGAAGACAAUCAGUCGUGUAUCAAGAUGACGAAGAACCCAGUCAACCACGGCCGUGCCAAGCACAUUGAUAUCAAGUACCAUCACAUCCGUGAUGAGGUCAAGCGCGGUGAAGUGAAGCUCAAGUACUGUGAAACUGCGGUGAUGUUAGCGGACAUCAUGACGAAGGGACUUCAUGGACCACGCCACAAGGAGAUGACGACGGCUCUCGGGAUUCGUGAGCAUUCGGAUUGA